UUGUUCCACUUUACGGCCGACUGUUGAAGCUGUUGGGUCCUCAUCUAAAGAAAGAGAGAGAGAGAGGUUUAGCUGUUCCUUUUCGCGCGCCAUGAGAAUACCACGUGGAGGCCCGAACGUUUGGUUCGGUGUCUCGUGGGCGUGUUCAUUCUUGGCGUUCGGUGCCGCUCACUCCAGGACGUCAUCCUUGUCCGUCAAUCUUCCUCUACGACUCGCGCGCGGCGGUGCCCUCAAAACCACCACUAGUACCGCUAAUUCGAAAGACGAUGUGUCGGCCUACCGCACACGGCAACAACUGUACUUGCAAUCCCGCUCUCUCUUGCUGCGGCAAGCCUUGAUUGGACGCGGACUCGAUGCACUCGAUCACGAUGCCGGCGGCGGAGACGAAGGCGGUGCCAAGAAACGUGCCAAACCAGUGGAUUGGGACUGCGCCGUAGCAACCGAAGCCCAUCCGAAAUCCUGCCUGUACAGUUUCGACGCCGAAACGGGGGCCAAGGUCCUCGCUCCGUUGGAUACGACACACUGGAUCACGUUGGCCGCGCUCAAUCGCUUGCGACGUACCGAUCCAACGAAAGUGGAACCGCUAUGGCAUUCGCAAUACAAUAUACUCUCCACCUGGUGGCAUCCGUCGCACGUCUUUAGUCUCUAUACCUACCUAACACCCCUGGGUGCCUUCGUUUCCUUCCUACUCGACUCGCCGCUCCUACUGGCCUCCACUUUGCUUGGAUUCGUUCUCCUAUCGGCACUCGUUACUUUGCCGGUAUGGGAACAUCUGGCGCAAAUCAUUGUCACGCAUCCCGUCAUUUGGCAACAGUGGCCGUCGUGGGGACGAUUCGUACACGCAGCCUUGCCUUUGAAACUACUCUUGGGACAAAUGGCCUGGAAGGCCGUCGCACAAGUGUUCGGGAGGUUAUACGGACGCGUUCGCACCCAUUUGAUCGAUUGGGAAUGUCAGAUACUGGAAACUUGCAUCCCCGUUACGAUUCUCGAAGACGCGGAGGAUGAGGAUGACGAAGAAUACGCUAGCAUCAACGUACAGUUGUUCGAUGACGAUGAAUUCGACUAUGGCGACGGAGAAGAAAGUGACGAAUUCGACGAUCAAUAG